CGGACACUCGUCAGCUCGCCUUCACUGCGUAAAGUCGUUGCCUGAACGUCCGGUUCUCAAUGUCGCCCAGCCCAGUUUUAUAGUGUUCGCCACUCAAAAUCUUGACUUACUCUGCUUGUAUUGUCCGCUGAGCUCCACGACUCUUCACGAGGCACGAUUCUCCGGGAAUAGACGGCCCUCGAAAACUUGGUCGCAAUUGACGACUCUGGGAAGGUCCCUUGGUGCAUCUAAAAUACCUGACAGUUGACCGACGGGAAGGUCACCGGUGACAUCUGCGCAUGUAUUCUCGAGCCCUCAGACUUCGCCCGCGCGUAUGCGUGCUUCCGCCGGCACAUGCACCGCAGACUGCGAUUCUGCGAAUCUCGUCUCUUCGCGGAUACCACUCGUCGAAGUCGCAGAAACAGUGUGCCGCGGAAGCAUCGCAGCUGGACGUCACGACAACAGAGAAACUCAGGCCGUUUGCGAUCGAGCGCGUUGGCGGUCGAGAAUGCCAUGUCUCCUGGACGGACCGCGGCAUCUCGAAGGAGUGGAGGGAGUUAUCGAACAGUACAGGCGAGGAUGAACAGGCCGUGUCUACCUCGGCGUCGUCCACAGGGAGGUUCACAUCGUGGCUCCGGCAGAUGUUCCUGCCCACCAACUACCCGCAGUCUGUCCACCGGUCGUACUUGCCGUUCCACGUCCUCCAAUUCUUCGAGACGACCUUCGGCACAAUAGUCUCCGUACUGUGCAACCAGGCGCUGCUCACGUCCGUGGGUGUCAGCGCUGAGGGCAGCAUCUUCGGUGCGGUCGCCGUGCAGUGGAUCAUCAAGGACGGCGCCGGGGAAGUCGCGAAGCUCUUCUUCAUCCGCCGCUUCUCGCCGUACUUUGACAGUCACCCCAAGACGUUUACGCUGUUUGGCGAGAGCAUCGUCGCGCUCGGAAGCUGCAUGCAGAUCGCGACUGUUCUCAUGAAGCCGUCGCCUACCAACUUUUUGUUGUGUGCAGCCGGUGGGAACGCCAUGAAGCUUAUUGGAUACGCGGUCUGGUUCACAACGCACAUGAAAUGGAUCCGCUACUUCUCGCUGCAAGGCAACAUGGGCGACGUCGCAGCCAAAGACGAGUCCCAGACUUCCCUGGCCCAGCUCGUCGGGUACGCCGCCGGAAUAGGCCUCCUGACGUUCUCGCACUCGCCCGCGUACCUAUACAUGCUCUUUGCCCUGUGCACGCCCGCGCAUCUGACGGCCACCGUGGCGAUGAUGCGUCUGGCGACGUUCGAGACGCUGACGCUGCCCAGGCUUACCCUGCUCGCGCGCGACUACGCGGAGGCUGAUGGUAAGCAGGACAUGCCGUCGUUCAAGGAAUUCGAGGCGGCGGGCGAGACGGGCGUCUUUGGGGAAUACUUCAAGACUAAGAAGGACCGAUAUGUGACUCUUGCUCCACGUGUGGGAGAUGUCUCCAGUCAGUGGGACGUGUGUUCCAAUAUCUUCCAGAAUGAGAAGUAUAUGCUUUACCCGACGGCGGCGUCAUCAUCACGGCCCAUAUCCAUAUUCUACCACCCCGAUGCCGCCUCAGACGACACGCUCCGAUCGGUUCUGCAUGCCGCCCGGCUCAGACACCUGGCGGAAUCGACGACUCCGGGCGCGUCAACCCUGCGGGAAGCCUUGGCAGAGUCACAUGCAUGGACAGCAGAACACUUCGACAGAUUCAAGGCUGCGUUGGACGAGAAAGGUUGGCGGACAGACGAGGUUGGCUUUGCGGACCACGGCCAUCGGCUCUUGUGGGGUGCAGAGGCCGAUAGGGGUUCAUGAUCUCUGCUCAACUGUAUGAGUUGGGUGCGAGGAUUGGCGCGAAUCGCCGAGUCCACCUUUCCGAAGGCUCAGCACGAGCAUCGUCGCGGCUUGUGCGCGCUACGGAACAUCCCAAUGGCGCCUCUCAUGGCGCGGGGUCAUCCUCGAAGGAGUCUUGAGCAUACAUCCCCUGCUUUCAUGGGCCUGUGGGGAUCAGGCAUGCACGUCCAACGUGUGCGCGUGGAUGGAUGUAGAGGCCACGGACAUAGAUCAUUAGAGUAAGAUCGAGUAGUAUGCAUGGUAGAUAUGUAUAGAGUCGUGCUAAUAUUAUACAACCCCGCCUCACUGCACGAGCGGCUACGAGUCAACAUGAAUAAACCCGGCCCAAACCAUCCCUUUGAUACAUACGCGGACCGUCUCGA